UCUUUCUUUUGUAGCACUGAACAAGAUUUGUGAUGAAAUGGAGCCUGGAACAAACUCUUUUCGAGUAGAAUUUCCUGAUUUUUCCAGCACCAUUCUGCAGAAACUGAACCAGCAGCGCCAGCAAGGACAGUUAUGUGAUGUCUCCAUUGUGGUGCAGGGCCACAUUUUCCGGGCACACAAAGCUGUUCUUGCUGCCAGUUCGCCCUACUUUUGUGACCAGGUGCUUCUGAAAAACAGCAGGAGGAUUGUUUUACCUGAUGUGAUGAACCCAAGAGUGUUUGAGAACAUUCUCCUGUCCAGUUACACGGGGCGUCUCGUAAUGCCCGCUCCAGAAAUUGUUAGUUACUUAACAGCAGCAAGCUUCCUCCAGAUGUGGCAUGUGGUGGACAAGUGCACAGAGGUUUUAGAGGGAAACCCUACCGUCCUUUGUCAGAAGCUAAACCAUAGCAGCGAUCACCAGUCUCCGAGCAGCAGUAGUUACAAUGGCCUGGUAGAGAGCUUCGAGCUGGGCUCUGGGAGCCACACCGACUUCCCCAAAUCCCAGGAACUGAGGGAUGGAGAGAAUGAAGAGGAGAGCACCAAAGACGAGCUGUCAUCUCAGCUCACUGAGCACGAAUACCUUCCCAGCAACUCGUCCACAGAGCACGACCGGCUGAGCACGGAAAUGGCAAGCCAGGACGGGGAGGAGGCGGCCAGCGACAGUGCCGAGUUCCACUACACCCGGCCUCUGUACAGCAAGCCCAGCAUAAUGGCCCACAAGCGCUGGAUCCACGUGAAGCCGGAGCGCUUUGAGCAGGCGUGCGAGGGCGUGGACGUGCACGCGCCCUACGAUGAGCACCAGGUCACCGAGUCCAUCAACAACAUGCAGGCGGAGCACUCGGCCCAGCCUUCGGGAGUAGAGGAAGACUUUCACAUCGUGGAGAAAAAAGUGGAAGCAGAAUUUGACGAACAGGCUGAUGAAAGCAAUUACGAUGAGCAGGUGGAUUUCUAUGGAUCUUCCAUGGAAGAGUUUUCUGGAGAGAGGUCAGAGGGCAAUCUAAUUGGGCACAGACAGGAGGCUGCCCUACCAGCCGGCUACAGUGAGAAUAUCGAAAUGGUAGCAGGGAUUAAAGAAGAAGCUUCCCACUUGGGGUUCUCGCCCGCUGACAAGCUGUAUCCUUGUCAGUGUGGGAAAAGUUUCACUCACAAGAGCCAGAGAGACCGCCACAUGAGCAUGCAUCUCGGUCUUCGGCCUUAUGGCUGUGGUGUCUGUGAUGUACACAUUACAGUAAUCCACUUGGUAAGUAGGCGUCACUGUCUACGGAAGGACUGCGGCAGCCUUUCCUGCCUGUUGAUUCUGAUGCAGAUCUCACCUUCCUCCGGUCUCCUGUCCUGGCCACAGCUUUCAAAGAGUCUUCCCAGAGGGUUUCCUCCUUUCUCGGGGGCUUUUCCGAACUAAAGGGGCCCUGCGCUGGCUUCCAGCUGCUUGGGAAAGCUGCUGAGCCUCAGGGCUCCUUCCUGGGAAGAGGCCCAGCUGCCUGCCCCAAGGGAAGUUAGAGCCCACAGGCAGAACUGCACUUGCCUGGGGAGGGGGGUUUGCUGCAGCCCCUGGUCACCAAGGGUGGCGAGGACUCCGUCACUCCCAACCCAGGUGUUUGCUUUGAAACGUCUCUGGUCGCUUAGGAGUGCUGGACACCAAGCAACAUAGGACCCUCCCUCCGCCCCGCCCCAUCGAUGCCACAGUUAAUUUUGUGUUUAGGUUGCUUUCAUGGGUGACUAACUUUAUUCAGUGAAAUCAGGGUUUGUUUGAUUGAGUUUUUUCUUUGCUACUUAUAUAUUUAAAGGUACAUGUUUCUUAUUUUAGAUCUCUACUGAUAGUAUUCUAUGGGAAGAUGCUGGAACACAUUUUGCAAAUGUGACUUUUUUUGUUGUUUUUAGUUUUGCUUGAAGCCUGUGUCACAAUGUCAGUUGCUGCUGCCUUCUUUCCUUUUAUGAGGUUCCAGAAAAUGACUUUAUUUAUGCAAGUCAGGUGACUCUUAGGCCAUGAAACCAUUUGAUGAUAAACAGAUUAUCACUAGGUGCAUAUCUUAUUGAUAUUUUGUGAACUGUUAUGCCUGUGUUGCAAAAGUUGAAUAGUUUUGUCUAUAUAUAUUGCUGUCUUCAGUGCAGCAUGGUUUUACUUAACUGAAUGUUACUGUUUAAUAUUUUCUUCUUAUAGAAGAGAUCAUGCCCUUUUGUAUGACAUGUUUUAAUAAAUGUUAUCUGUCAAUUUUGUAAAA